GCUGCAGCCGCCUUGCAGUGGACAGCAGGGGCGAGCAGAACGAGAGCCAAAGCGUCGUCGCAUUAGGACGGACAUGGACGUAUCUGACUGCAAUUACGGCCAAGGGGGAAUGAACAGGACCGCGAUUCCGGAAUGGUUGGGUGGGGGGCGCAAACAUGACCGCCACUUGGUGGAGGAAGACAAAGCGGCGGAACCGGAGGCCGCGCGGGGUGGAGCGGAGACCAUCGCGGAGUCGGGGUCCCAGGCGACGACGCCGCAGAACCAGCAGCAGCAGCAGCAGGCAGAAGAUGCUGUGUCGCUAUCAAACGUAAAGGACAAGUCAGCCCAGGCUAUGGAAGGCACCAACUUCCAGACAGCAGCAGUAGGAGAAGGAGGAGGAGGAGGAGAAGCAGGAGAAGGAGAGGGAGGAGGGGGUGGUGUCGUAGCCGAUCGCAAAGUCUCCUCAGGAGUCAAGACCCUUCGAGAAAAAGCUCAUCAAGCGCCGGACGAUCCUAAGAAUCGCCGGCCCAAGACUCCCAAACGACAUGCUCCAGCAGGAGGAGGAGGAGGAGGAGGAGGAGGAGGAGGAGGGGGAGGAGAGGACAGCGCAGCAUCACAACAAGUGCUCGGUCCUGGACACGUGGCAGAUAGCCAUCCUGUCCUGUCCCUUGAGGUCAACGGUGACGAUUCGUUGACUGCAGGCGCCGUCGAUCAGCCUGGCGGAGCGAAGAAGAAGAGCGCCAGGGGCAGUUCGGCUCUCAAGGGAGGGACAAAGUCCGCUAAGGGGAGUGCUGCAGCAACCCCUCGCUCUCCUCACACCCCUCGCACCUCUCGGAGUUCCGUUCCUGGUAAGGGAGGCAAUCGCCCAGCCAGCCGUCAUGAUCCGGACAAGGGGCAGAAGAAGGAGGAGGAGGAGAAGGAGGAGCAGGAGGGAAAGGAAGAGGGAAAGGACGAGGAGGAGGGAGGGUGGCCCAAAGAGGCACCUUUGUCAUCGCCAUACGAUGCUAAGCCGGACGCCAGCAGGGUAGGGGUCCAAGAGAGCAGAGGCAGAGGAAAUCAGCAGCUAGCCUCAGAGGCCAUCGUGGCCACCGACUCUGCGGGAGGUGGUGGUGGUGGUCCCCACGAAGACCUCAACGACGAAGCAGCAUUCAUCACGAUGGUCAACGUCCAGACGGAGCAAUCACACGCGGCCAGCCUGCUGGAUGCCUGGGACCCGAGAGAAAAGCAACUAGACCAGCACAGCAAGCCGAAGGGAGACGGAGGGGGAGGGGGUGGGGAGGGGGCUUUUUCACCUGCUAACCCCACCUCAAGGGACGAAGCAGCAGCUCCUCCCGCAACGGCAGGAAGGGAUAUCAGUCCGGAGGCGGGAAAUGCUGGCGAUCGCGGUCGUGAUGAUGAUGAAGAGGAGGGUGACCCGGAGGAGGAGGAGGACGAGGAGGAGGGGGACGAGGAGGGGGAGGAGGAGGAGGGCAUCCACUGGCCAGCAACUGCAGGAGUCUCUGAGCAUGCAGGUUUUCACGACGAUUCGAUGUCUGACGGUUCGGGGGCGAGCGGCUGUAUGGACGAUGACAGCGAGAGGGCGGGGAAGGCGCGGGGGCGGGGGGGCAACGCGCGGGGGGGGAAGAGAUCGCAAGCUGGCGGUCGCGCCAGAGGCCCCAGGGGGGUCUUGCGCGUGUCCAAACGCAUCUCUAGGGCUGCCUCAGACCGAUUAUAUGCCAAUGCCUCCGAGAGGAAGACGAAGCUGCUCAAGCUCCAGGAGUUCUACCACGAGCCCCCCCUCUUCUCCCCCAACCUUUGCCCCAAAUCCCUCGAGAUCGUGCAGUCCUUCGGCCAUAUCCCCUUCAUUGAUCGCAUGCAGAAAAUGGACGAAAAGCGCAGAAUGCGGCUGGAAAAGCGCCAGCUUGAAGCGCAGGAGAGAGAAGCCGCAGCGAUGGCGGAAUGCAGCUACGCCCCUGUGAUCAACCCCUUGUCCAAGACCCUGACCAGGAACGUCGAAACCCUUUGCAAGUGGGCAGAAGACAAGCAAAGGCACCUGCAAGAGUUAAAGGAGCAGCAGGAAGCGGCCCUCAACGAGAUCUUAUCCCCUAGGGACAUGCUAAGCUCCCGCUCCAGAAAGAUAGUAGAUCGUCAGAACAAGAGUAGCGCCCAGCGCCUGUUUGAGCUCUCCAGACACAGAGUACCACCUCCCCCUGAUCGAUCUCCCUUCUGCUUUGGCAAUCCCGGCGAAGGCGACAACUGCCGCCACCCACACCACGAGCGCCACCGCGCGCUGAGGGCCCAGUCAGCUCCUCCUCAAUCCGGUCUGUGUCGCGGACGGGAUCGCUAUCUGGCCGUUGAUGUCAACACCCGCCUGUACGAGGAUGGCCUCCACCAUCAUUGGAAGCGCCUGGUUCUGUCGCUGCGUCACACGAAACUUCAGAGAAGAGUCCCCGCUGAUCGCUGGCCGCUGAACAGGGUUCUUCGCUACUACCUGCGAGGUCUUUCCCGGGCGGCGCUGCUGCCGCUGCACGAUGGGCGAACCGGCGGGGGAGGGGGAGGGGGAGGGGAAGGGGGAGGGGAAGGGGAAGGGGGAGAGCCCACCAAGGACGAGGGAUCAAGUCUCGCGGAGGACACCGACAAACAGCGCGCCAAUGGGAAGGGGAAGGGGAACGGAGGGGGUCCCAAAAAGGGGGGGAAUGCCAAAACCCCCCGAAGUCGAUCUGGACGGAAGAAAUCAAAAAGGGCCAAGUCAGCUAAGGGGAAGAGAGGAGGAGGAGGAGGAGGAGGAGGAGGAGGAGGACAAGACAGCCAAGUGACGGGGACCACGAAUGGAAACGUGGCAGAAGGGCACCGUGCACCGAAAGUGAAGUUGUCGACGUUGUACGAUGUGAACCGUGGUCGAUCGGCAUCCCCGAGAAAGGGCUUUGGUACGACGAGUGUGGCCACCAAACAAGAAUCUGAGGAAUUGCGACACAAGAUUGAGGAAUUGAACAAGAGCCUUGCAUCGGUCUCGGAGUUUGUUUUGGCUGAGAAGGCAAGGAAAGUUGAGAAGGAGCGGUUACGUCUAGAAGCUGACGCGAAAGCGGAACGAUUGGAGUUAGAGAGGAAGGCACGGAAAAGGAAGGAACAACGACACAAUGAGAAGAAGUUGAAAGAUGAGCAAAGUGACGCCGAGAUUGACAAGAAGUUGGAGAUCCAACUAGCGAUUAAGACCGGGGACUUUUUCGAUCGCAUGGAGGCAAAUCUUGGAUUAGUUUUGGAGUUCGUUCGUAAGACUCGGACAGCGAAGCGACCAGUACGAGUACCUGAUAACUCAGAUGAUGAUAGUGGGGGACGCGCUACUGAGGACAUCCGAGCUCGUACUAAGAACCUGACUAUCCAUGAGAAGAGGAAAAGGGGACCUGAGGUAGUUUUCGAUGAUAGUCCGCCUCUUUUGACUCCGGCCAAGCGCAAGCCACGUCGGACUGAUACGAAGAAGAAGGUUGUGCGUACUCCUGGCCAUGCUACUAGGUCGAAGGCGAAGGUGAAGACGAAGUUAUCACCAUAUGUGGAAAAGCUUAAGAAGACCCCAGGACAACCAAGUACUGUCGAGAAACUUCGCUUUCGUAACCAACAAAUGGAAGACCUUCGAGCUCUCGGAGCUUUGGAACUUGAGGGGACCUGCAAGGAUGAAGGAGUGGCUUACAACGGCAAAGUUGACUCGAUAUUCGAUAUCGCGAGUUACCGUACCAGGGUUCAUUUUGGCGACAUCGAACCAAUCGAUCUGUCGAUUGUUGCGGACCAACCGGAUGAAGAAUCGGCAACUGCUAAUGAUGAAGUCACGGAACAAGAGGCUUGAUGUGUUUACCGAUUAGACGAGAUUUGGCGGAUUGUGGACUAUGUUACGGAAUACAGAAGAC